AUGGGCAAUCACGGGAUCUUCUUCGCUUUUUUAUCAAAUGGUUACUUUAAAGUCAAAAAUAUCGUCUGGGGAUGUGGUAUUAUGUCUUUCAACCAGUUAUUGGAUCCAUACAAACAAAAGGGACUCAACUUCGGUGUAGACAGUUCAAUGCAGAUAAAUAUUUCUGUUUUUGUCCUAUUCCAUGAACUGUACCCAUCUAAAGAAGCAUCAACAAUCCCAGUGGAUCGAAACGGAAUAUUAUCGACACAGGACUUUAUCACAGCUUUGCAUAAAAUGGACCUAGAACUUUCCGUGGAGGAAGCACAUUUUAUUUUCCAGACUAACCAUCUUCCAUUGUCACUUUUCAGAUCAGUACACACUGGAGCAUCUACAAAAUCGAAUCCACUGGUUCACUGUAAACCUGGGACUUCGUCGUCUGUUGAGACUUGUGAAGUCGAAGUGAAUGCGAAUCCGGAUAUAUCGGUCAACGGUUUCCCCUGUCCUUCACCAACGUUUGCUACGGGGUUUCCGCCUAUUUCCCCUACGGACUCAUGGGUUGAGCAAAACAACCGAUAUUCAGUUGACGCCCAAUCUGUCUCCUUGUUGUCUCUUAAUCUAGAUUCAGAUGAAGAAAAAGCGACUUCCAGUUUACCAACAGCGUCCGGUCAUAAAGUUUCUUCUGUUGAGUCAGUUAACAGUGAGGAAGUUUCUGUUCAAGAGACAAAAGUUGAUCUACCUUCACAUUCUACUGAACGUUCAAGAAAUUGUUCAGGUUUUAGUGAAAAUACAAACAAUCAUCAUCAGGUCUUAAAACCUUCGGGAAGCACUUUUACUAUGCCGUUAUCAGACAAUAAUUCAUGGAUUUCAGAUGUCGUGACACAGUCGGUGAACUAUGUACAUCGAAAAACAGAUCCUCAAUUAAGGAGUGAAAGUUCAAACAGUUUAGAUGAUCUUCAUCGUCGCGGAUCGCUCGAUGAUAACAAAGAGUUAAUUAAUAUUGUACAAUGUAAUUCAAGCUCUGAUUCUGAACUUGACUAUAAGUUUGAUCAAGAAUAUUCCAUUCACUACAAUAAUCUUCAGAAUUCAAGAAGUUUGAAGUUAGUCGACACAAAUAGCGUUAUUCACACGUCUGGUAAUUGGUCACUAGAUAAUAGUAAACUUUCAAGAUUAGAACACAUAAGAGUCCAUUCAGAACCCAUUGAUAAGUCUCUAGACACAGAAUCACAGAUUCUUUAUGAUCAAAACUCGUUCAGCUUUUCUAAUCCUAGAGACCAUGUCUACGAAAAAAGUUCGUCUUCAACAUGUUCCAAUUCAGCAGUCAGCAAGCGAUCUGAUCGUUAUAUUCGCGAUAUUGAUGUGCUUGAGGUUGCCGGAGUCCCAUUUUCAUAUGAAGAUGUCGUAUAUUCAACAAAUGAAGAGUUUCGCCAUCUGAGAGCCACUCGUGGUUUAACAGAGGAACAACUAACAGCUAUGUCGGAUGCACGUAGACGAGCUACUAACCGUCAAGCGGCCGAACGAUGUCGUCGUUCUAAGGUUGCUGCUCGUGAUGAAUUAGCAGAACGUCUGGCUGACCUUCGCUUACAAAGGCAGGCAUUGAAUAAGCGUCUCGUUAAAGCUCGUCAACGCAAACGUGAUGCAAGGGAUAAUCUUACUGAAGAACAAAACCGUCUGUUGCACAUGUUGCAUGACUCGAAUGGUUGCACAUUGAAACCUUCCGAUUGGCGCAUCCACUUAACUACAGAAGAUGAAAUUGUGGUUGUAUCAGUUGGACAUUAA